AUGGGAAACGUUCAAGCAACGCCAGGAACUGCGGGUUUCACAUUCAACGACCCUUCUGCUGCCACAUUAAGUGCAUACACCUGGGCUACAAGUCCCGCCGCCAGAGCAACAUCCUCUUCAGAUUGUAUAGUUUUGAUAAUGAAUGGAAACAACCCAAUUGUUGCGGAUGUUCAGAGUUGUAACACCGACACAACUCUUCCGGCUAAAUCUUAUCUUUGUGGGAGGGGCGCAUGGGCUUGA